GAGUCUGGAUAUCUUAAAAAAUAAUUAAGGGUUGAGAUUUAUUAAUAAAAAAUGCAAUUUCUCCUCUCUCAUUCACCUUCCCUCUGCCCCCUGUUAGUGGAUAUCUUCUUCUCCCCACUCCUCUAAUCGCUGCCCACCACCACCCCACCGCCGUCCGUCGCCGCCCUCUCCCAAAUCUCUUUCAAAUCGACGUUUUUCAUCUUGCUGAAGCUUCUGCAAUUUUAUUCUGCUUUAGAUUUUAUUGAAUCUUGAAAAUCCUGUCUUUUGUUGACUUGAAUUAAAUAAUUAAAAUCAAAUCUAGGCUUUUUUUCUUUAUCAAAAUGCAUCUUAUUUCAUUUAUGUUGAUGAUAAUCCAUGAGAUUUGUUGGUUACACAACAAUCCAUGAGAUUGAGAAAUUAAUCAGGCUAAUUGCAGAGAAUGAGAGGAACGGGAACCAUGCAUUUUUCUUCUAUUUCCUUUUCUUUUUUAAUUAAAAAACCUUUAGUUUUCAUAUUUUAAUCUCAACCCUUAAUUUUUUUUUUUGGCCACAUGUCUUACAUCCAAACAUUAAAUAGACUAAAUGGAGGAGGAAGUGUUAAAUCAGAAUAUGCAAAUCAACUUAUUGGCUUUAUGUUGAAACAAACUCAGAUGUGCCUUUAUUGUCUUUAAUUGAGUAUCACACUUUAUUGUCUUCUUCUAACCUUUGACUCCCUUCUUCUCAGACAAUGUCUGCUACUUUUAUCCUUCAUGGUUGCUGGAGCAUUGAUGUCCCUCCUGCUGUUGGAUCUUCUAGAUUAUUCCCCAAAUUACUCUCACCGCUAUUUACUUACAAUCAUAAAUUGCACCCUGUUCUUGCAUCAAUUUCUCACUCUUCUGCUGUUGAUCACACAUCAUCACAUUCCAUUUCUCAUCACUCACCAACGGAGAGUAGUUUGAUAUUGAUUCGUCAUGGAGAGUCAAUGUGGAAUGAGAAGAAUUUGUUCACUGGAUGUUGUGAUGUCCCUUUGACUAGGAAAGGAGUAGAAGAAGCCAUUGAAGCUGGCAAGAGGAUUACUUAUAUACCUGUUGAUAUGAUUUUUACAUCCUGUCUAAUCCGAGCGCAGAUGACUGCUAUGCUUGCAAUGACUCAACACCAUCAAAAGAAGGUUCCUAUUGUCACGCAUAACGAGAGUGAACGGGCAACAACUUGGAGUCAAGUAUACAGUGAAAGAACCACAAAGCAGUCCAUUCCAGUUAUAACAACUUGGCAGUUGAAUGAAAGAAUGUACGGGGAUUUACAGGGUCUUAAUAAGAAGGAGACUGCAGAAAGAUAUGGGAAGGAACAAGUGCAUGAGUGGCGUCGAAGUUAUGAUAUUUCACCUCCCAAUGGCGAGAGCUUGGAAAUGUGUUCACGGAGAGCUGUUGCCUAUUUCAAGGAUUUUAUUGAACCACAGCUGAAAUCAGGAAAGCAUGUGCUGGUUGCGGCUCAUGCGAACUCAUUAAGGUCUAUUAUAAUGUAUCUGGACAGAUUGACCUCUCAAGAGGUCACUAGUUUAGAAUUGUCAACUGGUAUACCGCUGCUUUACAUAUAUAAAGAGGGGAAGUUUAGCAGUAGAGGAAGUCCUGUGGGACCUACAGAAACUGGUGUUUAUGCAUAUACUCAGGGAUUAGGAAAUAAGCGGCGUGCUAAUACAAAUCAAAAAGAUUUGAAAUCUUCCAAUGGGCCUUCAGCUCAACUGGCAUCAGUUCAGCUUUUGAUCUCUAACUCCAUGCACUACCUAGGUCCUGAGACAGACACACACACACACACACACACACACACACACACACACGCACACGCACGCAUGCACGUACACUUUGGAAUCUCACCACGAAUUAUAUAGGAGGUGCUGUGGGACAUAGAAUCGUACGAUCCUACGAGCCAGCAGUCGAUCCCGGCUACACUGGAAGUAAGAUGAGUUAUAGGGAUAUGUUACGCAGAAGGUACACUAAUUCAUAGAGUGAAAAUCCGAGACUAUACAAAAUAAUGGACAUGUAAAGAGUGAUGUAAAACAAAGGAUUCAGAUAAACCAGAUUAAAUGGAGGAACACUUUGGGUGCUAUAUGUGAUUGUAAAGCGGCCAUGUAAAGAGUUAUGUAAAUCAUAAGAUUCAAGUAAAGAUUAAAUCGAUGAACACUACACAUUAACAAGUGUUAUUUCUGAUAGACAUGCGGUCACUCAAGUUUAGAAUUUUUUUUUUACCACGUGAGUAUAAGACCUGUGGUACUGUAUGUGAUUGAACUUUAGGUGAUAAAAUCCAAAAACAAAAUAAGCUCGAUGUUGCAGAGAUGAGAAUGUUAUGUUAGAUAAGUAAACCUGCAGUGAUAUAAGACAUGAUAGAAUUAUGAUUGAGUGUAUUGGAGAGAAAGUAAGGUCCAGGGGGUAGCUAGAGCAUGAUAUGAAAAGAUGGUAGACUCUUAAAUUUUACUGUUUAUGUGUGUGUUUAAUUUUAUGAUGUUUUCACUUGUGUCAUAUUUUCCUUGUAUGUCAUAUUAGAUGGGUAUAAUAUGCUAUCUGUUGAGUGUUGACAUUUGAGAAUGAUUAUAGCCUGUUGAAAAACCGUAUAAUCAUUUCCUUUGGGAUUCAACAAGACCCUUUUUGUUUGUGUUUGGUUGGUUAUAGUCUACAUACUGACUAAUGAUAAGUUUUUGGUAGUCAUCAUCGGAUCAU